AAAUCAUGAAAACUAAACCGUGAAUGUAUAGAGGUUAUUUCCAAGUAGUGAGAUUUCAAGGAGAAUGGAUUCAAUCAACCAACAAGACAGAAUAUCAAGUCUACCGGAUGUAGUUCUGGUUAUGAUCCUCUCUUUCUUGUCCUUCAAGGAUAAUAUAAAGACGAGCGCUCUCUCGAAGCGCUGGAGGAACCUCUGUUAUGAAACAAGGAACAUUUCCUUUAAGGAAUCAGAGUAUGUGGACCACUUUGUCUCCGACUAUGUCUCCAAAAGGACGUCAUUUGUUCAGUAUAUGUUUAAUUGGGUAUCUAGAGUUCCCAUUCAAGUUAUCAAAAGUUUUGAAAUUUGUUUCGGUUAUCCAGUGGGCUUCGAGGCAGAGAUCAAGUCUUUGAUUGAGUUUUCCAUCUCUAGACAAGUGAAGAAGUUAGUUCUUGAUUUCUCAAGCCCUUUUUCGAGUCACACACGGGAUGAGUAUAGAUAUGAUGACUUUGUUAUUGAAUUGCCUGCCCUUAUUUACGGUCUACAAACCCUCGAAUCAUUGAAGAUUUACGCAUGCUUGUUUGACCCCUCGAGAUUCGCAAACAUAGGACUAAAAAAGCUCUCUAUUGGUUGGUUCAGACUUAAGAAUAUCGAAUCUUUGCUAUCAAAGUUCCCUUUGCUUGAGAGUCUGAGUAUCAUCUCUUGUUCCCUUGAUGAGAUUAUGAUAGCUGGGCAAAUUAGAGAAGUAAUCAUUGAAAACUGCAUUAUCCCUUACAUGUCUUGUUCGUUUAACCUACCUAACAUAGAAAUCUUCAAGUACUCCGGCGAUCUUAUCUUCUUUGAUUUUGCGAAAGUGAAUAUGAUAUUACUGAAAGAAGUUUACUUAGACUUUGGAGUAGAGCAUGAUAAUGAUGAACCAAGCUUUUCAACCGAAGAAGCCGGAGGUAUCCUUUCUCAUCUGCUUAAUGAUCUUCGAUCUUCUAGGACCUUGACUGUCUGCUCUUAUCUCCUUGAGGUGAUUCCAGACUGUAACGAUCCACUUGAUAUGCUUUGUGACGUCAAAACACAAAAUUUGGUGCUAGAAACGCAUCUGCAUCCGGAGGAGUUUAUGGGAAUCAGGCUCCUUCUCGAACAUUGCCCGAACUUAGAGACUCUCACUUUCGAGGUUCUCUCACCAAGACCUUUCCCUAUGGCUCCAUAUGGUGGCAUAAGUUCACAGAUAUUUUGGCUAGAAAACAUCUCAUCCAGGUGUUUGAGAAGGACUCUCAAGAUCCUAGUGGUCAAGGGUUUUUGUAGUAGUUGGAACGAGUUUUACUUGUUGAACUAUUUUGUUCAGCCGGCGCAUGGGUAUGCAUUGGAAAGAGUUGAACUCUACAUGCCGACUUGGUUGAAAGAAACUCCAAAGCAGUGGGCACAUUAUGGUGCCGCGAUGUUGCAAAGCACUUCAAAUCGAGUACAAGUUAUUUUGCACAACGGUUGAAAAGUUCCUUAUCAUGACUUCUCAUUUAUGGGUUUUGGUGCGUUUGUUGAUGUUUUCAAGAUUAAUUCAUCGACACUAAGUUUGGAACUUUCGGAAUCUUGGUUUGUUUGAUAUAUGAAUAAGAGCCUCGGAAUAACGAGGACUUGCUUUUGGUUUGCUCAACAAACCAAAAACAAUAAUAAAUAUUUGAGUAAUAU